AUGGUUGUCGCGACCCUAAUUCACCCUGAAUAUGUCUUUGUCACACCUGGGUACCUUCCUGAACCCCCUCAACCAGGUGCCAAGGCUGGCCAGCCAGUCGGGAUCUACUGCCCAACCUGCCAUGCUGGCCUUAAGUAUUGGACUCCUAAGGCUGACGCGUGGUUAAUCGGGCCCCCCACACCAGCUUGCGCACAAGAGGUGAUUCCUUUUUAUAGGCAAGUACUCCAACCACAACCCCGCAAACACCCUUUCCAAGGACACGUGAUGCAAGGCCCUAUUGUGUCAAACACUCCAAGCUGGUCACCACCACUCUAUACCCCCACUGCUAGCUCAUUGCUUCCACCACCUCAACUGUUGACUGCACAAUCUACCGCCUCAACAUCUGGACCUCACCUCAGUACGCCACCAAUUCCUUGCAAGAGACAAUCACAAGGACCUGUUUCAAAGGGACAUUGGAACAACACUAACAAGGAAUGUAGAUUCAAAUUUUGUCAGACGGUAUGGUAG